AUGGACUCCUCACCCCAGCAACGCAAGCGGCCUGCGAUGGCCAAGACGCUCUCCACCACCUCGAUCAUGGGCAUAGACAACGUCCCGCCGUACACCUCGCCGGAGGAGUCGCAGGAUGAGCAAGCGAGCCUGGCGAGUGGGAGCCGUCCAAACUAUGGCACAGUGCCCAGCAAGCUCAGCUCUGUCGUCUGCGAGAAGCGCCUCGUGCGGCGCAUCAAGUACUACAUCCCCUCGCUUGGCUGGAUCCCAGAGUACUCGUGGUCCCUAUUCGGAGGCGACUUCCUUGCCGGCCUCACGGUCGCAUCGAUGCUCAUCCCUCAGUCGGUCAGCUAUGCGACAUCCCUCGCUGGUAUGAGUCCCCUCGCCGGUCUCUUUUCCGCCUCCGUCCCCGGCCUCGCAUACGCCAUGCUCGGCACCUCCCGGCAACUGAACGUCGCCCCCGAGGCCGCACUCUCCCUCAUCGUCGGCCAGGCGGUGCGCGACAUGCAGCACGACUACGACCCGGAAAUGAAGCACUCCACCGCGAUCGGGCUCGCCGUCAGCACCGUCAUCACCUUCCAGGUCGGGCUGAUCACGUUUCUCUUGGGCUUCUUCCGGCUGGGGUUCAUUGACGUCGUGCUGAGUCGCGCGCUUCUGCGCGGCUUCAUCACGGCUAUAGCUAUCAUUAUCUCCAUCGAGCAGCUCAUCCCAAUGCUUGGACUGGUCCCUCUCGAGCACACGCUACACCCCUCCACGACUAUUGAGAAAUUUGUCUUCAUUGUCAAGAACCUCGACCACCUGCACUACCUCACUGCGAUCAUCAGCUUCACGACGUUGCUUGCGCUAAUUGCCGUGCGCAAUGUCAAAGGACGCUUCCGGAAGUACUGGUUCAUCUACCGCAUUCCGGAGGUCUUGCUUGUCGUAGUUGCAUCGACAGUCUUGUGCUACUUCUGCAAGUGGGACCUUGAGGGCGUCGACAUUUUGGGCGAAGUGCCAAUCAAGACUGGAAAGCACUUCUUCAGCUUCCCGGUCUCGGUGAAGUCGUGGAAGUUCAUGAGGUCGACGACAUCGACGGCUGCUCUGAUUUCCGUUGUCGGCUACCUCGACUCGAUCGUAUCCGCCAAGCAGAAUAGUGCACGCUUCGGCUACACCAUCUCUCCCAACCGAGAGCUCGUCGCGUUGGGUGCGGCCAACCUUUUGGGUUCCUUCAUCCCUGGAACGCUGCCUGCGUAUGGUAGCAUUACGAGGUCCCGCAUCAACGCAGACGUGGGCGGUCGCACGCAGAUGGCGUCCAUCGUCUGUUCGACCAUCAUCCUCCUGGUCACCUUCUUCUGCCUUCCGUGGCUCUACUACCUCCCAAAGUGCGUUCUAGCAGCCAUCAUCGGCCUCGUCGUGUUCUCGCUCCUCAGCGAGACGCCGCAUGAUGUGAAGUACUACUGGAAGAUGCGCUCGUGGGUCGACCUGACAAUGUUGUCGCUCACACUUGUCUUCUCGAUCAUCUGGAACGUCGAGGUCGGGAUUGUGGCCAGUGUUGUCAUUUCGUUGGUCCUUGUGCUGCAGCGCGCGAGCAAGACGCGGAUGACGAUCUUGGGUCGCGUACCUGGCACGGACCGUUGGAAGCCGAUCAACGAGACCCCAGAGGCCGAGGAGGACGUCCCUGGCGUGCUCAUCGUGCGCAUCAGGGAGUCCAACCUGAACUUUGCAAAUACGGCGCAGUUGAAGGAGCGUCUGCGCCGGCUGGAGCUUUACGGACCGGACAAGAGCCACCCGUCGGACGACCCGCGGCGCGCUCAGGCUCACGUACUCGUGUUCCAUGUCGCGGACGUGGAGGGGAUGGAUGCGCAGGCGACGCAGAUCCUCGAGGAGCUGCUGUCGGAGUACAUCAACCGCGGCGUGAGCCUCUACUUCGCGCACGUUCGCCCUCCGGUUAUGCGCGCGUUCAAGAAGGCGGGUAUCCGGAGACUGCUGGGCGAGGAUGCGUUCCAGGAGAACGUGGCGGACGUGAUCUCGCGGCUGCCCGUGCGGUCCUAUGCGUCGUCGAUCUCGGGUGGCGCGCAUACGCCUGUAUGA